GACACGGCCAGAGCACUGAGAGAUAUCAGGUAUUGAUGUAACUGGAGUGAAUAAGGGAACCUUCUUCCUGAGCACAGACAUUGGAGCCUGUUAUCAGCAUGAACUCACAUGUGUUAGACAAACCCAUGAAUAGUUCAUAUCCAUCCUUCACUAUAGGAAGCAUCAGAAUGAUACCGCAAACUCCAAUAGUCUUAGACACUAAUGAGUAUUCACAAACAUUGGGGAUAUCACAGAAGAUAUUUAAAGAAGAUGGUGAUUUGGCAGGAACUGGGCAGCAAUCAUUAUGUACAGAGAGUAAUUUAGUCAUCAAACAAGAGGACAACAUUUAUGAGUUAUCUAGUGAAAUUGUUAUCCCAGAGGAUAAACCACACACAUUUAUUGAGUUUUCAAAACAUAUUAAAGAAGAAAUAAGUCUACAGUCUAGCCAAAUGAUUCAUACAAAGGAGAAAUCUUUCAAAUCUACAAAAUGUGAGAAAAGCUUUAGAUGGGAGUCUCCUCUACUAGAACACCACAACAUUCACACAGGUGAGAAACAACACACAUGUACUGAGUCCGGCAAAUGUUUUACACAAAUGGAUCAUCUGAAAACUCAUAAAAAGGUUCACACAGGAGAAAAGUCUUUCAUAUGUACAGAGUGUGGAAAAAGUUUUACGCAAAAGUGUGUUCUGAAAAAGCAUGAAAGGAUUCACACAGGGGAAAAACCAUUCACAUGUUUAGAGUGUGGAACAAGUUUUACACGAAUGGAUUAUCUGAAAACUCAUGAAUGGAGUCACACAGGAGAAAAGCCUUUCACAUGUACAGAGUGUGGAAAAAGUUUUACACAAAAGAGUAGUCUGAAAACUCAUGAAGGGAGUCACACAGGGGAAAAGCCGUUUACAUGUACAGAGUGUGGAAAAAGUUUUACACAAAAGAGUGAUAUGAAAAUUCAUGAAAGGAUUCACACAGGGGAAAAGCUUUUCACAUGUACAGAGUGUGGAAAAAGUUUUACACAUAAAAAUUAUCUAAAAAAUCAUGAAAGGAAUCACACAGGAGAAAAGCCUUUCACACGUACAGAGUGUGGAAAAAGUUUUACACAAAUGGAUCAUCUGAAAACUCAUGAAAGGAGUCACACAGGGGAAAAGCCUUUCACAUGUACAGAGUGUGGAAAAAGUUUUACACAAAUAAGUAGUCUGAAAACUCAUGAAAAGAUUCACAUAGGAGAAAAGCCUUUCACAUGUACAGAGUGUGGAAAAAGUUUUACACAAAAGUGUAAUCUGAAAACUCAUGAAAGAUGUCAUACAGGGGAAAAGCCUUUCACAUGUACAGAGUGUGGAAAAAGUUUUACACACAUGAAAAAUCUGAAAACUCAUGAAAGGAUUCACAAGGGAAGACACAUGAAUAGUUCAUAUCCAUCCUUCACUAUAGGAAGCAUCAGAAUGAUACCGCAAACUACAAAAGUCCUAGACACCAAUGACUAUUCACAAACAUUGGGGAUAUCACAGCAGAUAUUUAAAGAAGAUGGUGAAUUGGCAGGAACAUGGCAGCAAUCAUUAUGUACAGAGAGUAAUUUAGUCAUCAAUCAAGAGGACAACAUUUAUGACUUAUCUAGUGAAAUUAUUAUCCCAGAGGAUAAACCACACACAUUUACUGAGUUUUCAAAACAUAUUAAAGAAGGGAGAAGUCUACAGUAUGAAAUGAUUCAUACAAAGGAGAAAUCUUUCAAAUCUUCAAAAUGUCAGAAAAGCUUUAGAUGGGAGUCUCCUCUACUAGAACACUACAAAAUUCACAAAGGUGAGAAACCACACACAUGUCCUGAGUGUGGCAAAUGUUUUACACAAAUGGAUCAUCUGAAAACUCAUAAAAAGAUUCACACAGGAAAAAAGCCUUUCACAUGUACAGAGUGUGGAAAAAUUUUUACACAACAGUGUGAUCUGAAAAAGCAUGAACGGAGUCACACAGGGGAAAAGCCUUUCACAUGUACAGAGUGUGGAAAAGGUUUUACACAAAAGAGUGAUCUGAAAAAGCAUGAAAGGAGUCACACAGGAGAAAAGCCUUUCACAUGUACAGAGUGUGGGAAAAGUUUUACACAAAAGAGUGAUCUGAAAAAGCAUGAAAGGAGUCACACAGGAGAAAAGCCUUUCACAUGUACUGAGUGUGGAAAAAGUUUUACAGAUAUGAAUAAUCUGAAAACUCAUGAAAGGAGUCACACAGGGGAAAAGCCUUUCACAUGUACAGAGUGUGGAAAAAGAUUUACACGUAUAAAUUGUCUGAAAACUCAUGAAAGGAGUCACACAGGGGAAAAGCCUUUCACAUGUACAGAGUGUGGAAAAGGUUUUACACAAAAGAGUGAUCUGAAAACUCAUGAAAGGAGUCACACAGGGGAAAGGCCUUUCACAUGUACAGAGUGUGGAAAAAGUUUUACAUAUAUGAAUAAUCUGAAAAUUCAUGAAAGGAGUCACACAGGGGAAAAGCCUUUCACAUGUACAGAGUGUGGAAAAGGUUUUACACAAAAGAGUGAUCUGAAAAAGCAUGAAAGGAGUCACACAGGGGAAAAGCCUUUCACAUGUACAGAGUGUGGGAAAAGUUUUACACAAAAGAGUGAUCUGAAAAAGCAUGAAAGGAUUCACACAGGAGAAAAGCCUUUCACAUGUACAGAGUGUGGAAAAAGUUUUACACAAAUGAGUGAUCUGAAAACUCAUGAAAGAAGUCACACAGGGGAAAAGCCUUUCACAUGUACAGAGUGUGGAAAAAGAUUUACACGUAUAAAUUGUCUGAAAACUCAUGAAAGGAUUCACACAGGAGAAAAGCCUUUCACAUGUACAGAGUGUGGAAAAAGUUUUAUACGAGUGGAAUAUCUGAAAACUCAUGAAAGAAUUCACACAGGAGAAAAGCCGUUCAGAUGUACAGUGUGUGGAAAAAGUUUUACACAAAAGAGUGAUCUGAAAAAGCAUGAAAGGAGUCACACAGGAGAAAAGCCGUUCAGAUGUACAGUGUGUGGAAAAAGUUUUACACAUAUGAAUAAUCUGAAAACUCAUGAAAGGAUUCACACAGGAGAAAAGCCUUUCACCUGUACAGAGUGUGGAAAAAGAUUUACACGUAUAAAUUGUCUGAAAACUCAUGAAAGGAGUCACACAGGGGAAAAGCCUUUCACAUGUACAGAGUGUGGAAAAGGUUUUACACAAAAGAGUGAUCUGAAAACUCAUGAAAGGAGUCACACAGGGGAAAAGCCUUUCACAUGUACAGAGUGUGGAAAAAGUUUUACACAUAUGAAUAAUCUGAAAACUCAUGAAAAGAUUCACACAGGAGAAAAGCCUUUCACAUGUACAGUGUGUGAAAAAAGUUUUACACAAAAGAGUGAUCUGAAAAAGCAUGAAAGGAGUCAUACAGGAGAAAAGCCUUUCACAUGUACAGAGUGUGGAAAAAGUUUUACACAUAUGAAUAAUCUGAAAACUCAUGAAAGGAUUCACAGGGGAAGAAACCUUUCACAUGUUUAUAAAGUGGAAAAAAGCUUUUCCAUUUAAAGGAGAGGAGAGUUCACAGCUUCAUUCAUUACUAGUGGGAAUUAAGAACCUGACCACCAGGAGGCAGCAAAGACACCCCAGUCAAAGUUUCCACAUCCCGGGUCAUAGGAGGUGGUGAGUGCCCCGUCCAUUGGUAGUUAUAAAGGUGUUUGUCUUAUCUUUUCACAACAAAGGCUAUGGAGGAUUCUGACGCAUUAGAGAGUAGUCCCUCUGUAACUAAGCCUUAUACCUGUGUUUAUUGUGAGGUUUUGGUAGACCAGCCUGCGCAACUGAGUUCCACAUGCCUUGAGUAGGCUACAACUUCUAAACAUAAGAGAAUGUCUAGCACUACUGAGCCGUCCACCUCUGAGGGGUCACCGUCCCAUGAGGUGCAUUCCCUAAUGGCAUCCCGUAUCCCACAUGCAGCGCCCCAGGGUCCGACUGUUACCCCUUUGGGGAGAUUGUUUGGAUGCCUGAUUUUGCGGACCAGCUUGAAACGGCAGUUGGUAAGGUGAUCCAUGCUUUGCCAUGUUCUGCUAAGUGCAAGUGUAGAGCUUUUCAUAGCAGCCCGACCAAGGAAUUGUCUCGGUUGGACACUCCGGAUGGGUGGUACGACGACGAGGGCCAUUCUGGCGCUUUGGAAGGGGCCCUUUCUGGGUCAAAAUCCAUGUCAUCUAAACCCCGGCAGCGUAAGAGUCUGACUUAAGGUUUAAGAUGGAGAACUUGCAUUUCUUACUAAAAAAAGUACUGGCUACUUUAGAAGUUCUCAGAACAGAAGCUUCCGGAAGAGCCCUCCAUUCCGAAUUUAAAUAAGGUUUACGAGGACAGGGUGGUUCCCCAGACUUUCCCAGUUCUUGUGAAGAUGGCAAACAUUAUAAAGAACGAAUGGGAGCGGUUAGAUUCUUCCUUUUCCAUUUCUUUUUAAUGUAAAAAGCUUUCCCCCAUUGCAGAGGCUCAGCUGGAACUGUGGGGGGCCAUUCCCAAGGUGGAUGAGGCCAUCUCCAUGCUCGCUAAACACACGACGAUUCCUUUAGAGGAUAAUUCUUCAUUCAAAGAGCCUAUGGAUAAAAAAUUGGAAAACAUGUUAUGAAAGAUGUUUCAACACACAGGGUUUGUUUUUCAACCGGCAGCGCUGGUCGCUGCAGUUGCUGAAGCUGUGUCAUAUUGCUGUGAUGCCUUAUUUGAUGUGAUUGAGGGUGAACCCUCUUUCAAGGAAGUGCAGGAAAAGAUUAAGGCUCUGAAGGUGGCCAAUUCUUUCAUUCGUGAUGCUAAUAUGCAGAUUAUCUGCCUGAAUGCUUAAGUAUCUGGUUUCUCGGUUCUAGCACGCAGGGCUCUGUGGCUAAAAUCCUGGUCGACGGACAUGACCUCUAAAACGAGGCUCCUGUCUUUACCCUUUAAGGGCAAGAUUCUGUUCAGUCCAGGUCUGGACUCAACUCAGGAUAAGAAAGCGAAACCUAAGGGUUCUAUUUUUCAUCCAAAAGUGGACCAACCCAAGGGCGCCUGCAAGCCUGCUCAAGCUUGGAACAAUCUAAGCAGAACAAGAAGCCCACCAAGACUAACUCUGCAUGAAGGAGUGGCCUUCGACCGGUCUACGGACCGAGUGGGUGGCAGAUUGUCUCUAUUCUUAAACGCCUGGUUGCAGGAUGUUCAGGACCCCUGGGUUCUGGAGGUAGUCGCCCAGGGUUACAGGAUAGGGUUCAAGUCCUCUCCAUCCAGGGGCAGAUUCCUUUUAUCAAAUCUAUCCUUAAGGCCGGAGAAAAGAGAGGCCUUUCUGGAUUGCGGGAUCUCUCUGCUUUAGGUUUUAUCAUACCAGUACCCCACGCAGAAAGGGGUCUUGGGUACUACUCAAAUUUGUUUGUGGUUUCAAAGAAGGAGGGCACGUUCCGCCUGAUCCUGGACCUCAAAUGUUUAAACAAGUUCCUGUUUGUUCCAUCGUUCAAAAUGGAAACAAUCAGAUCUAUUCUGCCCCUGGUUCAAGAGGGGCAGCUAAUGACCACUAUAGACUUGAAAGAUGCCUACCUUCAUGUUCCGAUUCACAGGGACCAUUUCAGGUUUCUCAGAUUUGCCUUUUUGGAUCAGCAUUUCCAGUUUGUGACUCUUCCAUUCGGUCUGGCGAUGGCCCCGAGAGUUUUCACAAACGUCUUGGGGCCCCUCCUAGCUGUUGCCAAAUCUCGGGGCAUCGCAGUGGCGCCCUACCUGGAUGAUAUCCUUGUCCAAGCUCCAUCAUCCCAUCAGACAGAGACUCAUGCCAGGGCCCUGCUGCAGUUACUUCAAUCUCACGGUUGAAAGAUCAAUGUCGAGAAGAGUUCACCAGUUCCCAGUACCAGGGUGGAGUUUUUGGAAAUGAUCAUAGACUGCGUGUCCAUGAAGAUCUUUUUCACGGACAAGCAACGCACAAAUAUGAUAUCUACCUGUCCUGCCCUUCAGUUUACAGUGAGACCAUCUGUUGCUCAGUAAUUGGGCUCAUGGUUUCCAGCAUGGACAUCAUUCCAUUCGCUAGGUUUCAUCUCAGACAUCUUCAAUUGUGCAUGUUAAGGCAGUGGAACAGCGAUAAUUCCGAUCAAUCACAGCUGAUAUCCAUUGAUGUGCAGUCUCUGAUUUCCCUCUCUUGGUGGAUCCGCCCGGACCAACUGUCCAUGUGAACAUCCUUUUUGAGACCAUCCUGGGAGAUUGUGACCACAAAAGUGAGUUUCGGGGGAUGGUGAGCUGUUUGGGGUGCUAGGAUGGCACAGGGGAAGUGGUCUUGGCUGGUGUAAUGUCUCAGUGCUGCGUGAGAGUGGAUCACAGCUGCAGAGUUAUAUUAAAUAAAUAAUAUGUAUCACUUUGGCAAUGGACUAUUGAUCAGCAUAGACCAAGCUGCUUGCAGUGAAAUAUUUAUUCUGUGAAAAUUAAUUUGCGGAGCAUAGGUAUGCCUGGCAACUAGAAAAGGAAAUCAGAGUUGCUGUUGAAAGUCACAGCAACAUAAUAAACAUACUCAGAGGCAGGAAGCUGAAUUUCAAAUAGCUUAUAUCUCUACUUGAUUGUAGGAAUGAUUAAAGUUCAUUUGUGUCAUUAGAUAGUAGUAAUGUAGUUAUAAGCCAGAGUCCCAGUUAGUUGUCAGUAUUGCUGUUAGUGCAGAAGUAAGUUACAGGAAUUGUAUGCAUAAGCCGUCAGUACAAUCACAGCAUGGAGUCUGGUUGAGCUUAAAUCUGUCCCAAGGAGUGUUAGUCAGCCUUGCGGUCAGUGAAGCAACAGUGUAAAGUUUUGCAGCGUUUAAGUUAAGCACAGCACUAUUAAGUUGGUAUAGCGCUUACCCCCAGAGCCGAUGGAGUGGAACAGGAGAGGAGCUGCUUGCUGAACGUCCUGCUGCGAGAUCCGUGGGACGCUGUGAGAGGAGAGGUUGCGCUCCGUUGCGGCAGCUGGGGGGAGGAGUCCGGUAUAGGUGAAGCGCUUCAGUGCUUAAGAGAUUGUGCGAUUCACAGAGGGAGACAGAAUCAAACAGACUGCAGCUGCUGGUAGAACAGUUGUAGCGUAAACGCUAGAAAGAUAAAGUCUCUUAAUUAUAUAGAAGUUCAGUCCGGUUAUGAGCGUGAUGUCAAAGCUUCUGUAGUAAAUGCUCCCAGGGAGCAGACAGGCUCCGGUUUGGAUAUAAAAGUUGAACUGCUUGCUAUCUGUAACACAGCAUAUAGGUAACUCUGUGACUUCAGAGGUUGUCUGGGAAUUUAAUAAUUAAGCACCUGUCUGCAGUCAGGUGAUGCUUUAAGUACAGGUAAGCCUGAGUCAGGUGACCGGGAAAAGGUGAAAACAAAAACACGGAGUGGAAUCCUUACAGCUGGAGUCUCUUCUUCCAAUAAAUAUCCUGGAGCUCUAAAGGCAUGGCCCCAUCUGGGGGAUUUUAACUUCAUCAGGUUCCAGACGGACAACAUUACCUCAGUGGCUUACAUCAACCACCAAGGCAGUACGAGGAGCUCCCUGGCAAUGAGGGAGGUGUUUCCUAUACUGGAGUGGGCAGAGUCCCACAGUUGUUUGCUCUCGGCAAUCCACAUCCCGGGUGUGGACAAUUGGGAAGCGGAUUUUCUCAGCAGGCAAACUUUUCAUCCGGGGAAAUGGUCUCUUCACCCUGAAGUGUUUGCAGAGAUCUAUCUCAGAUGGGGGACGCCAGAGAUCGAUCUCAUGGCAUCAAGGCUGAAUUGCAAGCUUCCUCAAUAUGGAUAGAGGUCGAGGGACCCCCAGGCGGAGCUAAUAGAUGCAUUAGCGGUACCCUGGGGGUUCGGUCUAGUGUACAUAUUUCCUCCAUUACCGCUUCUUGCUCGUGUAGUGGCUUGUAUAAGGCAGGAGAGAGCAUCAUCCAUUCUGAUUGCUCCUUCGUGGCCGAGGAGGACGUGGUUUGUGGAUCUGGUGGGGAUGUCAUCCUCUCCGCCGUGGAAUUUACCCUGUCUCAGGGAUCUGCUGGAACAGAGUCCUUUUCAACAUCAAAGCAUCUCGAUGCUCUGAGGCUGACUGCAUGAAGUUUGAACUUUUAGUCUUGGGUAAAAGCGUUUUUUCUGAGAGUGUGAUUGACACUUUAGUUCAGGCAAGGAAGCCAGUCACUUGAUGCAUCUACCAUAAGGUGUGGAGGACUUACUUAUCCUGGUGUGAGAGACAUGGAUACCCUUGGCACAAGGUGAGGUUUUCCAGGAUGUUGUCCUUCUUCCAAGGGGGGUUGGAUAAGGGUCUGGCCACUAGUUCCCUAAAGGGACAGAUUUCAGCUUUAUCAGUUCUGUUGCAUAGGAGACUCGCUGAACUCCCUGACAUUCAAUCUUUUGUUCAGGCUCUUUCUCGAAUCAGGCCUGUCUUUAAGCAUUCUGCUCCGCCUUGGAGUUUAAACUUGGUACUUAAGGUUCUGCAGAAGGUUCCGUUUGAGCCUAUGCAUUCUCUUGACAUAAAGAUUCUGUCUUGGAAGGUUUUUUUCCUGUUGGCUAUUGCAUCAGCACGCAGAGUAUCUGAGCGGGCGGCCUUGCAGCAUGAGCCUCCUUAUCUGGGGUUUCAUUCGGAUAAGGCUGUUCUUCGCACAAGCUUGGGGUUUCUCCCCAAGGUGGUGUCUAACCGUAACAUUAAUCAGGAAAUAGUUGUUCCUUCAUUGUGUCCUAACCCCUCUUCUCCUAAGAAAAGGUUGCUUCAUAAUUUGGAUGUGGCUAGAAAGGAUUUCAGACAAACUAAAUCUCUUUUUGUUGUAUAUGCAGUGAAGUACAGGGGUCAGAGGGCUUCUGCUACUUCUUUGUCUUUUUGGCUGAGGAGCUUGAUCCGCUUGGUCUAUGAGACAGCAGGAAAUAGGCCUCCUCAGAGAAUUACGGCUCAUUCCACUAGAGCGGUAGCUUCACCUUGGGCCUUCAAAAAUGAGGCUUCUAUGGAGCAUAUUUGCAAGGAGGCUACCUGGUCCUCCUUGCAAACUUUCACAAAGUUUUGCAAAUUUGACGUUUUUGCUUCUGCGGAAGCUGUUUUUGGGGGAACGGUUCUACAGGCUGUGGUGCCCUCAGACUAAGGGUCCGCCUUUUACCCUCCCGGUUUCAUUCAGUGUCCUCUAUAGCUUGGGUAUAUGUUCCCACUAGUAAUGAAUGAAGCCGUACACUCUCCUCCCCUUUAAAUGAAAAACAUAAAUUAUGCUUACCUAAUAAUUUUAUUUCCAUUGAGGGGAGGAGACUCCACAGCUCCCGCUCCUAUCUCCGAUGGGCUGACCUAAAUUUAUUAUCUUCUUCUGGCACCAUUUAUACCUUGAUGCUUCUACUGUUCCUUGUUCCCUCGGUAGAAUGACUGGGGGAUGAGGGGAGUGGGGGAAGUAUUUAAACCUUUGGCUGGGGUGUCUUUGCCUCCUCCUGGUGGCCAGGUUCUUAAUUCCCACUAGUAAUGAAUGAAGCAGUGUACUCUCCUCCCCUCAAUGGAAAUAAAAUUAUGAGGUAAGCAUAAUUUAUGUUUUUAUUGAAAUCAGGGAUAUAAAAAAACACCAAAUAUUUACACACAAAUAAACUUUAUAUACACAGUGUACAAACCUUUUUACAAAUAUCCUAAAGAGGACAAACUCUCUAAAUAGAAGCAACAAAAAGGAUCCCAUUGUAAAUAAUAUUUACUAAAUCCCAGUUAUAAAAGCCCCAGAUUGGAAGUGCUGUCCUUUGUUCCUCUAUAUAUGUGUCCCUCAGUUUCUCUCAUAUCAAUGUGAUAGAAUACAAACACCACACAGGAAUAUACAGAUCUGCCCUCAUACUGACCAGUUUACACAACCAUUUACCACCAAAGCACCCCCAGUGUUUAUUAACAUGCCAGUGUUAGGAGUUGUACGUUUGUUUUACAUAGGGGAGAAAAUAAUUACCUUUACAGAAUAAAGGAGUCUUUAUAUGAAUAGAGUGUUAGAGACUUAUAUAAACAAGAACAUCAGUCUCAUAUGAUUGACAUAUGUGAGAUACAUUUAUUGUGCACAUCAUGUGGAUAAACCUUUUCUUAUAGCAAUAGAUGCUUAGCAUUGUACAUGUUAUAUACCAGAGGAAUUACUGAGGGAAACUGAUUUUAUUUCAUGAGACACAAUAUCAGUAACCGUUAUAUAUGUUAUCAUAAUCAGUUUAAUUUAAAUGGCUACUAUAACCUACAUGUAUACUGGGUAUGUAAUAUGUGUGUCAUGUGAUCAUAAUCAGUUUAAUUUAAAUGGCUACUAUAACCUACAUGUAUACUGGGUAUGUAAUAUGUGUGUCAUGUGAUCAUAAUCAGUUUAAUUUAAAUGGCUACUAUAACCUACAUGUAUACUGGGUAUGUAAUAUGUGUGUCAUGUUGUGUAACUUGAUAUUAUGUCUGUUAGAUGUUUUCAUGUUAGUUAGAAGCCACAAGAACUGAUAAUAGCACAUACUGUAUAUAUAAAGGGAACAUUAUAUGUCUGAUAAAUCCCUUUGUAUCAAGAGCACAAGUGUUGGGUAUAUUUAUACCAUUGUGUGCAUAUAUCAUGUAAUGCUGCUGUUUACUAUAUAAUGAUAUACAAUGUUUUUUAUGCAAAUAAAAAGUGAUUGAAAUCCA